AUGAUGGAUAUUACUCUAGAUUAUUAACUGGUUAAUGUUAAUUAUGCAUUAAUAAUUGCAAAACUUGUAUAAAAUAAAAUAGCUUAUAAGGAUUAUUGGAAAUGGAACAUAAAAGCAUUUUAUAAAGCAGUCAUUAAUUUUAAUAAUGAUAAAUCAUUUGAAGAAUAUAAACAAUCUAAUUCAUAAUCUGAUUUAGAGGUUAUUUGUACAUCAUGCUAAUUAUCAUAUAUCCUCUUUGAAUAAAAAUGUGUUAAAGGUUGUGAAAAAAAUUGUAAUAACUGUGAAAUAAUAAAUGGACAAGCUACGUGCAUUGAAUUCUAGGAAACACAUUUUGGAUUUCUCAAAAAUAAAAAUACAAAUGGAACUUGUCCUUAAUGUCCUUCUAAUUGCAUUGCUUGUGUAGAAAGAAAUUAGUAGGAAAUAUCAGAUAUUAAUCUAUCUUAUAUAUUAACUAAUGAAAAUUUAAGAAACACCAGAAAAUGUUAUGAAAAUCUAAAAAAUAGGAUAACUAUUAUUUUGAUUUUUUAACCUAAAAAAUAACUGUUUGCACAUCAAAUACAUAAUGUUAUCAUAAAUAUAUAAUAGAGUAGAAUAUAUUUUGUGAUACAUCAUAAUAUUUAUAGUUUCGUAGUGAUUCCAUGA